AUGGCCUUUCAGCUUAGGCAAUUAAGUACUAACGCAUUUCAACAAGCGAUUGCCAAUUUCACCGAGGAUCACAACUACGAUCAGAAGGCUAGAAAAGCCUUUUGUAGUGACUUUCCAACGCACUGGCCCGCCGUACAUUCGCGCAUCUACAUUGACACGCACUUUUCAACAAAAGAAAAGGCCGAAGCGGAGAUGAUGGUCCGGUCGUUGAGAGUGGCCUUCCAGCAGGACCUGGCGAAUCACACUGAGUGGCUGGAUGAGAAGACGAAAAGGGCCGCGCUAGAAAAGCUGGCGGCAAUCAAACAGGUGGUCGGCUACGAGGACUGGAUCAUCGACGACCAGGCGCUGACCGCCGACUAUCCCCGCCUGAGCAAUGAAACGAUAGUGAGGGGAAGGUUCUUCGAGAGUGCCCUGCCCCUUCGUGUGGACUACCGAAGGAACAUUCUCGGCUUCAUGCACCCCGACACGCCGGUCAUUCCCUAUCCGGAGCAGGCCGCUCACGACCCCACGCUGGUGAACGCCUUCUACGGACUGACCGCCAACUCCAUCACCAUCCCCGCAGCCAUCCUCCAGGCGCCCUUCUUCGACGACCACCAGCGCCCCUACGCGAUGAACUACGGCGCCAUCGGCUCGGUGGUGGGCCACGAGCUGACGCACGCCUUCGACAACCGAGGGGCGCGAUUUGAUAAGGAGGGGAAACUGCGCAAUUGGUGGUCACGGGAGACGCGGGCCAAGUUUAGCGAGAAAUCAGCGUGCUUUGCCGAGCAGUACGGCGUCCUGCGGGAGCCGCUGACGGGGAAGAUGGUCGACGGGCAGAACACGCUGGGGGAGAACAUCGCCNAUGCCAAGUUUAGCGAGAAAUCAGCGUGCUUUGCCGAGCAGUACGGCGCCCUAAGGGAGCCGCUGACGGGGAAGAUGGUCGACGGGCAGAACACGCUGGGGGAGAACAUCGCCGACAAUGGCGGCAUCAGGAGAGCGUGGGAUGCCUACCGGGAACACCAGAAGGCCACCGGAAAGCCUUCCCCGGUGCUGCCCAACCUAAAACUGACCGCCGACCAGCUCUUCUUCGUCGCCUACGCCCACAGCUGGUGCGAGAAUGUGACGCCGGAGUUUGAGGCAAAGGCUUUAAAAGAUGUCCACUCACCUAGUCGUUUUCGCGUCGACACCGUCCUAGGCAAUACGCCCGCCUUUGCCACUGCUUUCCAGUGUCCACUGGGCUCAAAAAUGAAUCCAGUCAAGAAGUGCUCGGUUUGGUAG